AAAUAAAAAAAAGAAGAUAGAUAUAAAUAUUUACAUACUAUAAAUGAACGAACGUCGUAGACAAGAGGAUAAUAUUUCAAUCCAUUCUUCUGUUUCUUCAACACCUACAGAAUCCACGCCCUUGAUUCUUGGAAUCUCACAUAGCGAGAAAUAUGUAGCAACCUGGAAAAGUGAAUUUCAAUGGUUGAUCAAGAAUGCUUUACCAAUCGUAUUUACCUUUUUAUUACAAAACUCACUUCAAAUGGCCUCCAUCUUUACACUUGGUCACUUGGGUCCUACAGAAUUAGCUGCCGCAGCACUUGCCAGUAUGUUUGCUAGUGUUACUGCAUGGAGUAUUGCCUUUGGUACUGCUACUGCUCUCGAUACAUUAUGCUCUCAGGCCUGGACAGGUGCCAAAGAUAAAACUUUGGUGGGUGUACAUUUACAACGAGCCUUGUGUAUCCUUGGUCUGAUGUUCAUUCCUAUUGCCUGUGUCUGGUGGAAUUGUACCUCCCUCUUAUUGAGUUUAAAUCAGGAUCCUCAAUUAGCUGAACAAGCUGGUCUGUUCUUGCGUUGUUUGAUGUUGGGUGCUCCUGCUUUUAUUGCCUUUGAAGCCACCAAAAAGUAUUUGCAAGCUCAAGGUAUUAUGCAAGCCUCUACCUUUGUCUUGAUGUUUGUUUCUCCUCUUAAUCUCGUCCUGAACUAUACCUUUGUAUACCUGCCUCCAUUCGAAUUGGGUUUCAUGGGAGCUCCUUUGGCCACUAGUUGCAGUUAUUGGUUGAUGUUGACCUUAUUGGUUUGUUAUAUUAAAUUCGUAAAGGGUAGUGAAGCAUGGGGUGGAUGGACUUCAGAAUGUUUAACAGGUUGGUGGCCCUUCUUAAAGAUCUCCAUUCCUUCUCUCUUGAUGAUCACUGCCGAAUGGUGGGCUUUUGAAUUAUCUUCUUUGGCUGCCAGUUACUUGAGCACCCGAGACCUUGCUGCUCAAUCCAUCUUGUUAACCUCUGCUUCUGCUUUAUAUACCAUUCCUUUCGGUAUCUCCGUUGCUGCAUCCAACCGUAUUGGUAACGCAUUAGGUGAAAGUAAUGCUAACAAGGCCAAGAUUGCAUCGCGUGUAGCCUUUUUGUUUGCGGUAGUAUUUGGUGCCAUGAACUCGACCUUCUUCAUGUUGGUACGACACAAGUUUGGGUAUAUUUUUACGUCAGAUGAUGAUGUAGUUGCACUUGUAGCAAAGAUUAUACCCUUGGGAGCGCUCUUCCAGAUCGCAGAUGGCUUAUCAGGUGUAUGUGGUGGUGUUAUCCGUGGUAUGGGUCGUCAAUCAUUUGCCGCUUGGGUCAAUUUGUUUUCUUACUAUGUCGUUGCAUUGCCCUUGGGUUAUUACUUGACAUUUGUAUUGGAUUGGGACUUGGCAGGUCUUUGGAUUGGUUUGUGUUUAGCCUUAUUCUUAGUGGCUUCUGGAGAAGUCAUGUAUUUGUUAUGUGCGGACUGGAAUACAGAAGUCAAGAGAACUCAGGAGCGUGUACAUGCCGACGAAGAUCAUCUUCACGAAACGCUUAGUCACUUUGAUGCCUAAAGCUCCAUAUUUUUACCCUCUAUAUACAUAAUUUUUACUUAGAAUUUUAAUUUUUCUCACACCCCCUCAUCAGCAUUUUAAACCAUAUUAUACAAAUAAAAAUAAAAAGUGUUUCCAUUGUAUAACGUCA